AUGCCCAAGGUUAAGCGCGAGGUGAGUGAAGACUCCUCAUGUGACAAGCGGCGUCGUGGAAAGGCCCAUAAAGGUGGCGACCCCUUCACUUUAAUCUCUCAGCAUAAUCUGAAAUCCCAGGGCGCAAUUGAUCCACCCUCAUUCUACCGGGAACGACUAUCUUCAUCGCAAGGCGAUGGAACAACUUUAUCCUCACUCAGAUUAUUUAUGAAUGACAUGAUUUCUCGUGUCGAUCUUCCACAUCAAUCAUUACUAUGGCGCAUAGACUGGAAUCCACCCAUGGUUCUCUGGGAUGCUUGUCCAAAUUGGAGCCCGGCAGAUUCAGCUCACGAAGCUACUCCUUUAAAACUCUAUGUUCAAUCAUAUGAACAAAAACAAGCUAUGUCCUUGCAACCGCUAACAUCAACGGCAACGAUAGAUCCAUCAAAUUCAUCUCAUCUCAUUCACAUGUUCGACGCAGGUGGACACAUCUAUGACCUUGACUGGGCUCCAUGCACAAAUUCGUCCAUCCAAUGGCUUGCAGUUGCCUGCGGAAAUAAGGACGCUCACACACGCGUGAAAUAUGGGUGCUGUGGCUCAAUACAGCUCUGGUCAUAUGAUACUAACAUCUCUAUGAAACAUGUCCACACAAUCAAAUUAGAUGAUGGUGAACCUCUUCAAAUAAGUUGGAGACCUGGUGCUCCGGCUGCCUCUACAAUCGGCACCCUGGCAGCCUCCAUGGACAAUGGCGAUAUUGUCAUACUAGAUGUUCCUAAGACUGAAGCGAGUUGCUUGUAUCUCUCUCCGCGUACCACUUUACGCGUCCCAAAUUCUCGCUGCUAUAGUUUGGCUUGGGGUGGUAAUGCCCGCUUGGCCGCGGGAUGUUCAAAAGGCCAGGUCGUCGUUUGGGACUUGGAUGAAAGUGAUUCACCAAUGAUAAAUGUUUCUGUGCAUGAUACUCUAGUAUGUGCUUUAAGUUGGCAAAUGCUACCCCCUCUGGAUCUCCUCGGCACGCCGAAUUUGUCCGCUCGCCCGCAUAUCCUUCUCACUGUUGGUUGGGAUGGCUCAGAACAUAUCACAGACAUUUAUGACGUUUACUCAACAACUCGUUAUGGUCAUAGCCGUGAGCCUCGGUACGCUACUGUUUGGGCCCCAUGGAAUGGCGCAUGGAUCAUGGAUUUUGGUGACAAUCAGUUUGGAACAGUCUCUCUUCGGACACACGAUAUUGGCCGUCAUCACAUGCUUGGGAUUCAUCACGGACGCAUAAUCUCUCUGGCGGCAUCUGCUUUUCAUCCCUACAUCGCGUCGGGUUCUGCGGAUGGAUCUGUAAACAUCACCAAUGCACUGAAUGUGUCGAAACGUAAAGCCAUGGAAGAAGGUGGUCGUCUUGUUCACAAACGCUUUCGACUCAUUCAAAACGAUGCUAACACUUACACUAUCCGCCACGGCUUUUAUCCAGAAGGCGUCUUGCCAAGAUCACAGACCCAAAAAUCGGCUCCCCUUUCCAUCGAUCGCUGGGACCCCUCCGUUUGCAUAACAAGUGUCGCAUGGUGCCCAAACGAUGGUCAUAGCCUUCUUCUUGCCUCAGGAACAGGCAUCGGUCUCGUACGUGUGGAAUGGAUCGAAGCUCCUUUGUCUAUGAACGAGUAA